AUGUCGCUGCAACUGUAUCCAGCACCUUCGCUCCUCCUGAAUACUCCCUUCUGUGGCCACAACAACUGCACACACCUGGGCCUUGCCUCGCCAGUGCAGGCAGAGCACUUCUCUACUGCAUUCACCUCGAGCAUGGACAAUACUGCACCACUGCGUCACAAUCUGAAUGGCACAACCUCGCGUGCUGCCAUCAACAAGCAGAGUACCAGCCCGUCGCCCGGGGUCCAGUCAGCCUCCAUCGUCAUGACUGCUUCUCCGUACCACGAUCCAUCUCCAUCCGCCUCGUCAAAUCUGACCCUCUCAUCCGACGCAUCUCAGGAACGAGAAUCCAAGCGACCCCGAACCAUCCGAAGCCAAUCGGGAGCCGUCUCUGGAGCCUCGACCGACGGCGGCGACGCAACGGAGCAUCAUAGCCUACACGGUGCGCACGACCAUCUCAACAUGCACUAUUCACAAAAUCCCGGCAUGGUCAGUCAGUCAAGGUAUGUCAAGAUGGCCUCGCUCUUGAAUGCGGCCGUGCCAACGACACCCGCGAUGCCGACCGAUACAUAUCCAGUUAUGGGUGCACCCUACUGGAGCAGCAGCUCUCUCACCACAGAGGUCAUGGACAAGCCCACCUCGGGGAAUAGUGACGCUAACAAUACUCUCGGAGGACCAGGGCAACUCCCCGGUGGUGCUCAGUCCCAGAUGUAUGGAAACGGUGCGGCUUGGGCGGGUCACAACAUGCCGAUGCCAAUGAAUCCGAUUCCACAAUACGUGCCACGGCGGAUGACAAACGGCACUUGGGAGUCGGAGCUCCCGCACCACCAACACUCUCACCAGCAGAUGCUACCAGACGGUAGUCUCGCAUCGCCCUACGAAUCGUCAGCAGGCGCGAGCAACCCUUCGCAGCUUUAUGGCGAUUGUUCCAUCGUAAAUGGUCCGUCACACCGCAUCGUAACCUCGAACGGAUACGAGGCUCCCAACGGCCUCUCGACACCGACGGCGUCGCAUCACCCUCCCGGCGCGGCCUCGGGCUGGCCACAGUCGGCAUUCCACGGCCCCGGCGGCAGCAUGGCCGGCAGCCGGCUAGCCAUGGCCGGCCUGUCCAAGGACAUGAAGCCCAAGAUCCUAGCCUCGUCGGCGGCCAACGCGCUCCGGAGGAGCCCGGUACAGCAGCGCGCCACGACGCCGACGAAAACAGCCAAGGGCGCCGCCGGCGCUGCUGCUACUGCCACUUCGGCCACCGGCGCCGCCGCGGGAGGCGGCGACCGCACCACGCACAACGACGUGGAGCGCAAGUACCGGACAAACCUCAAAGACCGGAUCGCGGAGCUGCGGGCGGCGGUGCCCGCGCUGCAGGCGCAGCACGACGCCGAGUCGGACGGCACGACGAGCAACGCGGCGCCCAAGGUCAGCAAGGGCACCGUCCUGAGCAAGGCGACCGAGUACAUUCAGCAGCUCGAGCAGGCCAACCGGGUCAUGAUGAGCGAGCACGAGCAGCUCAUGGACCGUCUGCAUACGCUCGAGGCGAUGCUGCAGAAUGGCGGUGGCGGAGGCGGCCGCGGGCUGCCGCCGCAGCAGCAGUACGCGCCGAAUCAUGGCAUGGCCAUGUUUGACCCCAGAGGCUUCAGCUGA